GGAUAGCACUGCCUAAGCCUCUUCCCCACGGCUACUGCCUUCAACACCCUCACUGCACCCAGCUUUUGGCCGCCGGCCUUGUCCUAGCACAAACUCGUCAACAUGGCGACUAAAGUCCAGAAGAUUAUGACCCAACCUAUCAACCUUAUGUUCCGCUUCUUACAAAGCAAACAAAAGGUGCAGAUUUGGCUUUUCGACCAGGCGGACUUGCGAGUGGAAGGCCGCAUCAUUGGCUUCGAUGAGUACAUGAACCUGGUGCUUGACGAGGCCGAGGAGGUGUCCAUGAAGCGCAAGACCCGCAAGACUCUGGGCAGGAUCCUGCUCAAGGGAGACAACAUUACGCUCAUUCAGACAACUGGGCGGUAGUAUCAACAGUAUCUUGCAAAGAGUUGCUUGAGUUGGGGAUCAUGCAUGCUGCGGCGAGCCCGCGGGUACAUGUGUGCGGGCGUGCCGCUGCUGCCUGGCCAGCUGCCGCACGCAAUGCUGUUAGGCUUUGACGUCCGUAGGAGCUGGACACGAGCGCGCUACAGCGUAGGGGGUGGGCUGGGUUCGCGGGUUAGGUAUUAUAGGCGCGCAGGGCGGCACCAGGGGUGUUUGACACGGGGCGGGUGUUCUGGACGCAUCAUUUAGCGGUUCAAUCCUAGAACACCCGCCUAAGGGUUGCUGAGGUGUGUGCGCGUGUGCGGGAGGCGGAAGGGGUGAGUCGCUGCUCGGAACAGUGCCAGGUGAGGCCGCCGCUGAGCUGCUGUAUAGGGCCCGAGCUGCUGUGGAGGGUUGUGACAGAUGCGGUGUGUUGGCUCGGGGUCUGAGCAACGGUCUCCGCGCCGCUACUGCCUGGACGUGGUGCUGCCGCUGCCGCUGGAUGAUGCGGGGCAACGCUACACGCUGCUGGUUGAGGCCGCGAGGAAUGAGCGGUGUUUGUUGUUGGGGCGCCCAGCCGUUGGAUGGCUGCUGUGUGGAUGCGUUGGGAGCGCACCCUCGGGGCAUGGGGAUGGGACGAGGACUGUAAUGCUCCUGGUGC